AGUAUUUCUUUCCAUUUCAUUGCAACCUAGAAAGAUAUAAUCAGUGGACAGAAAGGAUAAAGGAAAUACACAAAGUAACUUUUUGUGUCUCUUUCUUUUUAACCCAGCAUGGAGAGAUAAUUUAUAUCCUUGCAUUCAUCCAUCUCCAUCUCAGAAAUGGAACCAAAUGGCACCUUCAGCAGCAACAACAACAACAAUAACAAGAACUGCACAAUUGAAAACUUCAAGAAAGAAUUUUACCCAAUUGUAUACCUGAUAAUAUUUGUCUGGGGAGCCUUGGGAAAUGGCUUGUCCAUAUAUGUUUUCCUGCAGCCUUAUAAGAAGUCGACUUCUGUGAAUGUUUUUAUGCUAAACCUGGCCAUUUCAGAUCUCCUCUUCACAAGCACACUUCCCUUCAGGGUUGAUUAUUACCUCAGAGACUACAAUUGGAUAUUUGGAGACUUGGCCUGCAGGAUUAUGUCUUAUUCUUUGUAUGUCAACAUGUACAGCAGCAUUUAUUUCUUGACUCUGCUGAGUGUUGUGCGUUUCCUGGCAACUGUUCAUCCCUUUCGGCUUCUCCAUAUCACUAGCAUCAGGAGUGCCAGGAUCAUUUGUGGAGUCAUAUGGGUCUUUACCAUGGCUUCCUCAGCAAAGCUUCUGGACAAUGGCUCUGAGCAGAAGGGCAAUGCUACAUUAUGCUUGGAGCUGAAUCUCAAAAAAAUCACAAACCUGCAGAUUAUGAACCAUGUUUCCUUGGUGGUGGGCUUCCUGCUGCCAUUCUUCACACUCAGCAUCUGUUACCUGAUGAUCAUUCGUGUUCUACUAAAGGUGGAGGUCCCAGAAUCAGGGUUGCGGGUUUCUCACAGGAAGGCACUGAUCACUGUCAUCAUUGCUUUGAUCAUCUUCUUCCUGUGUUUUCUGCCCUAUCACACACUGAGGACUGUUCACCUGGCCACGUGGAAAGUAGGUGUAUGCGAAGACAGGCUGCAUAAGGCUGUGGUCAUCACACUGGCCUUGGCAGCAGCCAAUAGCUGUUUCAAUCCUUUGCUCUAUUAUUUUGCAGGGGAGAAUUUUAAGGAUAGACUAAGGUCUGCCCUCAAAAAAGGACAUCCUCAGAAGGUGAAGACAAUGUUUAGCUUUCCUGCUUGUGUAUGGUUGAAAACAGAAACAAGCAUGCAAGGAAAUACUAGGUGAGGCCUGUUCUCACAUCCUUG